GGGAGACUCACUGGGCUGCAGAGAGAGGCACUCUUCUGCUGCGCAGGCAGAAGAUAGCAAAGAGGAAAAGGCAGAGGGAGGGGGCAGAGGACUCAGCCGCUCCUGGAGAACCUGGAGAAAGGACAGACAGAGGCAGGCUGGGAGGAGGAGAAGAGAAAGUAUGUUGAAAACGGAGUAAAGACAGACAGACAGACAGAAAGAAAAAAACAAACAAAAGCCUAACCUCACAGCACAGUUAAGAAAUUGGCAGGGCAAAGAAGAAGUCAGACUGCGUUUAAAGGAACAUGAAAAGCUAAAAGAAAAUUUUUACCAUCUCUGCAGUCUCAUAGGUGCCUGGAAAUGAAAGUAGAGCUUCCUGUCUUUAACGGACUCUGACAGGGGUAACUGGAUUAGAGACUGGUACCAGGGUUUUUCUUCUUUCUUUUUUCUUUCCUUUAUUUUUUUUUAAACCAUCUUAAAUCCUGAAAAAAAAAAUGCAUCUCGGAAUUGAAUGAAUUGAUGGGCACACUCCAACUGCUGGACUGCAGAGACCGGACUUACUCUUGCUAUUUCUGCUUCUUUCAAAGAAGAGACAACUUGGGCUUCUUUCUAAUUUAGUUUUUCUCCUCUCCCAUCCCCACUCCCAACCUCCCCCCCCCUGGUCCCCUACCUCCUCUACCAUCACCUUCCUUUUCAAAAAGAGGGUGAAGGGGAAAGCAGAGUGCACAAGGGGCCAGAUUGAGGAGGCAGAGAAGAUGGGACUCCUCAGCGUAGACUUGCUGAUUACACUACAGAUUCUGCCAGUCUUUUUCUCCAACUGCCUCUUCCUGGCGCUCUAUGACUCGGUCAUUCUGCUCAAGCACGUGGCGCUGCUGCUCAGCCGCUCCAAGUCCACUCGCGGAGAGUGGCGGCGCAUGCUGACCUCCGAGGGACUGCGCUGUGUCUGGAAGAGCUUCCUCCUAGAUGCCUACAAACAGGUUAAAUUGGGUGAAGAUGCCCCUAAUUCCAGUGUGGUGCAUGUGUCCAAUCCUGAAGCAGGUAACAAAUAUGCCCUGGAGAAGACAGCUGAUGGGACGGAAUGCCACCUCCUUGACUUUGCCAAUGCAGAGCGCCCACUGGUGGUCAACUUUGGUUCAGCCACUUGACCACCUUUCACUAGGCAACUGCCAGCCUUCCGCAAGUUGGUGGAAGAGUUCUCAUCUGUGGCUGACUUCCUGUUGGUAUACAUUGAUGAGGCUCAUCCUUCAGAUGGCUGGGCAGUGCCUGGGGACUCCUCUCUGUCUUUUGAGGUGAAGAAACACCGGAACCAAGAGGACCGAUGCGCAGCAGCCCAACAGCUCCUGGAGCGUUUCUCCUUACCGCCCCAGUGUCAAGUUGUGGCUGACCGCAUGGACAAUAAUGCCAACGUAGCUUAUGGAGUAGCCUUUGAACGUGUGUGCAUCGUGCAGAGACAGAAAAUUGCUUAUUUAGGGGGGAAGGGCCCCUUCAGCUACAACCUCCAAGAAGUCCGGAGUUGGCUGGAGAAGAAUUUCAGCAAGAUGAAUUCUAGAUUAGCUGGUUAAAGGUGUGAUUGCAAUAGUGUUUAUUAUUUUAAAAAAUAUGUAAAAGAAGUUGAGAACGGAACUGAAUCUACUAUUUCAACUGAAUCCCAUUGCCUCACUGAAAGACAGGGAUAUACUUGUCAGAAAACAUAGACCUCUGAACAUUUCAAUAUGUCCUUUAGUACACAAGUGGCAUCGGGCUAAAUAGCAGCCUUCUGAGUGAACGGAUCCAAGUUGGAGUGGAAGAAAACCUGAUGCACUGUGUUCAUCCUUGCUUGCAAAAGAAGUGAUUCUGCUCUAUGUGUGCUUUGGGACCAGAGAACAAGUGUUCCCUAAAUACUUAGUGCUAAGGGAGCUACCACCUAUGAUCUGAUUAAGUGUAUUGUCUCAGCUUUAGUCAUCAGGAACAAACCCAACUGGAAAGUCCCCCAAAUACUUAUAAUGUGAUCUUGAAGCCAUGCUGUGCACUCAGGACUGAGGUGUUAGUUCUAGCCAUGCAAUGCCUUUUGCUAGUCUCGGUAGCCUAGAAUUCCCAAGCGUAUAUGUAGAUACCAAGAAUGGGUUCCAACCUGGAGGGUUAAGAUGACAUUGGAAAUCUGGCAGAUGGAGAGAGCACUAGGUCAGAGAAAAGGAACUUGACAAACAAGGAAAGAGGGAGCAUGAAGAGGAGGAAAUUGCAUAGUGUUUUACCUGGAAGAUGUAGGAAAUGAGAGUGUCAUUCAACCACACCAGCAUGGAAGUAUGUACACAGCUGGGAAAAGAAAGGGGUUGACUAAAGAUAGCACAGGGAGGGUACAGGUGGAACCAUGAAGUGUAGCAAUAUACCUAGACUGAGAGGAAAGGGGAGGUGGGGAAGAUAAAAAAAAAAGGGGGUGAAUGUUUUCAACGUGGAGAUAAUUACUGUAUAGAAUUGUAUGUGAUAUACCCAUUUCAGUGGGUGAUACUCUAUAAGGGAAAAUCCAGGGAGUCUGGUGCUACUGGGUCGUUCCUGCCAAUUUCCUACAGUUACAAUGUUACACUCCCCUCCAUUCUUAAUCUCUGAAGCAUUGUUUUCUCUGGAUGCUGAGGGAAGGGUGUAGGAGCCGGGUACCUAGCCAUUCAGCUCCUUCCCUCUCCUAAAGUAGGUGAACUCUAAUGAUAAUGGGUUUCUUUACUUAAACAUGACAGCAAUUUACUCUGAUGAUUUCCACCCAUAGUUCUGAAGGCUUAGACAUAGAUUAUCAUUGAUGUCAUGGGGAUUUGGUAAAAUGGAAUUUCCACUGACAUUUGAAUUUGGACUUUGGUUUUCCUUUAACUGGGGUUAACCCAUUAGUUGAAGUUUAGUAACUAUGUGCAUAACUAUGAAAUAUCUAUGGAUACAUUUCUCUUAAAAUAAAAGAAACAAGCUUCACCCACAAGCAAUACCUAAAGAUCACAACCUCAAAAAAACAGACCAACUGAUGUUGUAUCAUAAUUAUUUUUUAAACUCAAAGACUUUCACAUCACAACAUAUGGUUACAUUUACAUGUCAAAUUAAAUGGUUUCUAUGUCUAUCCCUUUCAGUAAUUAAAUCUAAAAUUGAACUGUAUGGGAAAAAAUAAUCUAAAGUCAAAAGUAUCUUAUUAAAAUAGUUGUCCCAAAUGAGAAAACUAGGAAGUGGGUGUGUAUGAAACAAAAGUAUUGUUUUUAAAAAUGGGAGGAAGAAAUAAGUCAGAUCACUAGUCCAUAUUUGCUUAGAUAUUAAAGCAGCAUUGUGGCUAAUUUUUUUUGGCAGCAUCUAAGAUUGCUAGUGCUUUAAAUCCUGUAAGACAUACCCACAAAGAAACAAAGUACAUUUCAAAAAUGCAAUGGUAUCUAAUGAACUGUUAUAAAAUCAUAUUGAAGAUAGACUACUUCAGACUCCUCAAACAUUAAGGCCUGCAAUCAAGGCUUAUCAGGAAUUCCUCACUGAUUUUAAUCUUUAAAAUGAUGUUGAGAUUUACGUGCCUCCCUAAAGAAGCAAAAUGAAGAAUUGGUUUCAGAGCACUCACAUCGUUGUCCAUAAAUAUCCCCUUUGCAUUUCAUGUGCCAUAGUGGAACAGAAUGUCAGAGAAGUGGGUGGGGGGAUGAGUUUUGGCUAAUGUGAUGCUAGUUGUUUGGGGAAAAGAGUGGUGGAAAAAAAAUCACCCAGUUGUGUUAUAUUUUUUUAAGAAAGAGAAGGUCGUAUGUGCAUACAAUUUGUCUUUUGGAGGAUAGGCCAAUGGAGGAAGGAAGAAGAGGAAGUAAACAUACAAAGACAUAGUCUGUCUGUCAGGGACACAGACAUGUUCAGUAGAACAUGCAGAAACACUGGAAGAAAAACUGUUGAAGGGCCCAGGAAGAAAGUGGAUUGGCAGAGCUCAGGAAUCUUACACUGUGUAGAAUGGGGUGGUCUCCCGGGUAUGACAAGCCUAUGAUUCUGUAAUCUGUUUAUCUCAAUGGAAGCAUCUAUGAGUUCCUAGGAUGUGCCUUUUACAAAAUUAAGAAGUCAUUAAUCCAGACAAGAAAACCAAUGCUCAGCUCUUGUGCUCAGUGACACUAUUAGGCUGUCAGUACCCACCUACUUAAUAUGCCUUUUACAAUGUAUAUUCCUUUCAAUAGUUAUAGUUAUAGUUGUCACAAGGAAAUGCACAUAUAUGUGUAUAUGUUCUCAUAAGAAUAUAUAUAUAUAUAUACACACACAUACAUGCAUACAUAUAUGUGUAAUCUUGGAGUUAUUUUUCUUAGAACAUAAACAUUUCCCCCUAUAAGAUAUGUUUACAUGGGCAUAUCAGUUUAGACUUUUAAACUGAAUUGGCCUGACCACUACUGAAACAGUUUCCAAGAACUUACCAUAGCAUCUGGAUUUCUCAAAUACAUAGUGUUUGAAAGACAUCUUAGACCAUCACUUUGGUUUAGAGGAAGUAAUCUGGACAACGACCUUCUUGAAUGGCAUGAAUAAAGUGCCUGCCCAGCAAAUGUAGACAUCCGUCAUACAAAUGCAAUGAACCUCCGCGAGGCAGAGCAGUUAUUAUUUUUGCUCUGUGUUGCCAAAGUGGCUGUCAUUUAACUCACAUGCUAACUUUAUUCAUUCUUUAGAUCUCUACUCUUGUUUCCUUACCUCAGUCAUAGUUUAUGUCCCUAAAUUUUUGGUAAUAUCUGCUUUUAAGUGGUCUAUUAAUUUAGUUAAAUUCUCCUAAUAAUCAGUAGACACGUAUUCUCUGAUCCCAUCGCCUGAGUGUAUUUUACUAUUUGUGUUUUGAAUAAAAUUUAUAGAACUUUGUGAGGUCACAGGUAGAGGCUACCUCACACAAAAUACUGGAGAAGAAGGUUGAAGAUGCUGUUUAUGCUAUUCAGAGGAUUUUCAGGUGGAUAUGAGCUGUCCUUGGCAUGCCCUGUAGUCUCCAUCCACAGCGAGAGGGAUUUGCUGAUGUCCAGGGCUUCCCAUUAUGUACAUCAUAAGAGGAUCAACCUGGACAUUAGUUCCACCUGACCUCUGACUGAUGAUUUGGAAAAUAAGUUUAAUUAGAAUCCCUUGGCCGCUGCAGAGGGGAAAAUUAGGCUGAUUUCUGUCUUAUUGAAGGAUAAAUAAAGACAUACACCAGCACUUUAGCUUUUCAGAACAUGUCCAAUGUCAUCUCUCUUAGUGGAAAUUGACUGUGAGUCUUUUAAUUUUUAGGACCUUUCUUUAUGAUAUAGCCUCAAACUAGAACUCAAGUAUAUUUAGUUUACUCCAGCUUCUACAAUUACCUUAAACACAGAAGUCAAACCCACUCUUUAUAUGGACUUCCAGAAUGGACAUAAAGAUCACUUGCUACUUGAUGAUGGUACUGUCUUGGGACUGUCCCGAGUCCCCCUAGGAAAGGAGGGAUCUGAGGAUGCAUGAACCAGGGAGCUGCUAGCUGGCAGGAAUUAUCCUCCCAAGGGCUUGGCUUACAGAUUUGGAAAAAAAUUGAAGUGAAACUUCUUAUGCAUAGAAGAUGGCUGCUGCAUGUCAGUAAAUGACUUUAGGAUGAGCAAGCAUCAGGCCUCUUCUUCAUGCUGUGUGUUCUAGAUAACACCAGAAACAAGGUCUCAGACUUGACAGACUCAGCUCUGUUCCAAGAUGAGUCUGAACCAGCAGAAAGCAAACAUGUACAGAUAUCCAAACAAGACUUUUCAGGCAAGCCAGGGCUUGCUGUCUGUCUCGGGCAACAGCACCAGGGCUCUAGGGAGUUUAUUUAAUAUUUACCGAGACUUUGCAGACCUAGCAGAUGUUUAAUGAAGUCACUAUUUUGGCUCAAACUGCCCUCCCCCAUCUGUCUUGAGAAAAAAAAAAUUCAAACAGGUAAACAUAAAACUGAAAGAGGCCCACAGAAGGAGAUGGGAAAUAAAUAAAAUUCUCUCAAAACUGCUCCAGGCCAUGCCAUGUGGUGUUUAUGUGUCAGGAGUGGGGGAUGAGAAGACCUAUGUACCCAGUACUUGAUAACCAAAGCAAUUAAAUGAUCUUGGGUAGGGAACGUUGGCCAGUUUUGUUUAGUUUUGUAUUCGUUGUCACCAGACUCACAAGCCCAGAUAACCGGACACCCGAAGGGGGAAACUGAGAUGUGCAGAGCUUACUGGUGUGCAAAUGAUAACUACUGACGAAAGAGUCACCCGCUCAGUCUGUGGUUGGAUGUAGUCACAUGAGUCUGCCUCUCCCAUCUCUGUCUCCUUAGCAAGGAGAAUAUUUGGGUCAUGAUUCGAAGAGUGCUGGGUCAAUGCGAUGAGAAUGCGUGUGUGUGUGUCCAUCUCUGCUUCUCAGUUGCAGACAAGAGAAAAAGCUUUGGGGAUUAUCAGUAGAAAGAGUGUUGUUAUAUCGGUGCUGAGUGGUAUGUGUGCUUUUCCAACUUGUUCUUAUAUUUUAAUAAACUUUGAAUAAAAGAAUAGAUCUAC